AUGAUUUGCAAGCGAACUCCAACUGGUGUGGUGAUGCGAAAUUGGUUUUUAGUACCAUCUCGCCCCAAGGUCUUGCUUGUUGGGUCUCAAACUUACUCGCCUUCUGUCAACUCUCGGGGCUACAAAUCAACAAGAGCUCUCAGAGUCCCUGCAAUCAUGGACACCAUCAAGAACACCAUCGCCGAGAACUUCGGUGGAGCAGCCUCCAAGCUGGGAACUCACCAAUUCAGCUUGGAUGAAUGUCCCGACCAGUCAGGCAAGGUAGCCGUCGUCACCGGCGGCAGCGAAGGCAUUGGCUACGGGGUCACGUACACUCUCCUCAAGCACAACAUCUCUAAGAUUUACAUCCUCUCCGUCUCCAAGGACGUUGUUGACGGCGCCAAGGAUGCCAUCGCGAAAGACCUUGGUGCCGACAAGGCCGAGCGCACGAAAUGGUUUCAGUGCGACAUGGGUGACUGGAAGCGCGUCAAGGAGGUAGCCGAGAAGAUCAAGAACGAUACAGAUCGUCUUGAUAUCUUGGUGAAUAAUGCCGCGAGGGGUAUCAUGACCUACCAGCUCACUGACUACGGCGUCGACCGUCACAUGGCCGUAAAUCACAUGGGACAUGUCAUUCUUACGUCGCAUUUAUUGCCUCUCAUCAAGCAGACGGCGGAGAAGGGUGACGUUGUGAGAAUUGCGAACCAAGCUAGCAAUGCGCAUCAGGCUACCCCCAGCGACUGCAAGUUUGAGAGCCUGGAGGAGCUGAAUACCGACCUGGGUCCCAACGGUCAGUAUGGUCGGAGUAAGCUUGCAGGUAUCCUGUACGCGAGGUACUUCAACCGGAAAGUGACGCAGAAUGGGCAUCCGAACGUUUUGAUGAACGCAACUCAUCCUGGGUUUGUGAGCACCAAGAUGAGCAAGGAGGAGAUUUUCGAGCCGUACCCUCUUGGAGGCUACGCUAUGGCGGUUGGAAUGGAGCCUUUCAAGAAGUCACAAUGGGAGGGUGCCGUGUCGAUGGUAUAUGCGGCGGCCGCCACGAAGGAAUCCGGCCAAUACAUAUGCCCUCCAGCGAUUCCUGAGCCGGGCAGUAAGCUUGCUCAGGACGACGCUCUGGCUGAUCAACUGAUGGAGUUGACCCGUCAAAUCAUCACUGAGAAGACUAAGACGUCCUCGGUGGAUAAGGGAUGCCCCAUGGAUGACUUGAUUCUACACUAA